AUGAGGCGAUUUGUGCAUUUAAUUAAUGUAGUACCAUUGUUGCUAAAAGUCCAAAAACCAAUUGCUACUAGUUCCAAACUGUUUCCUAAAGUGAAACAUCGGCCUUUUUUUAUAUCAAAUCGUUCUAUGUUUAUACAAACUCAAGAUACUCCUAAUCCAAAUAGUGUUAAGUUUUUACCUGGUGUUCAGGUGUUGGAAAAAGGUCAUACAAUGGAUUUUCCUAAUGCUACAGCAGCGUACUGCAGUCCUUUAGCUAAAGUUUUGUUUCGUAUUGAAGGGGUAAAAAGUGUCUUUUUUGGUUCGGAUUAUAUUACUUUAACAAAAGCAGACGAUGAUAUAGAAUGGAUGGUUCUUAAACCUGAAAUAUAUGCUACCAUUAUGGAUUUUUUUGCAAGUGGUUUACCUAUAUUAACUGAUGCUAAACCAACUAGUGAUACUCAAAUUCAUGAAGAUGAUAAUGAAACUGUGAUGAUGAUUAAAGAACUUCUUGAUAGCAGAAUUAGACCAACUGUACAAGAAGAUGGUGGUGAUAUUCUUUUUAUAGGAUAUGAUGCAGGAAUCGUCAAGUUGAAAUUACAAGGAUCUUGUACUAGCUGUCCAAGUUCAGUAGUUACCCUAAAAGGUGGAGUUCAAAACAUGCUUCAAUUUUAUAUACCUGAGGUGAUAGCUGUCGAACAAGUUGAAGAUGAAAUUGAAAUACGAACAAAAGUUGAAUUUGAAAAAUUUGAAAAGAAGUUGGAAGAAACUGAUGAAAAAAUAAAAUAA